AUGGAUCUUCGAGCAGUGGGAAAGUGUAUGGCGCCGCCGUUUGUCUCCUGUGAAAGGAGAAAUUCUCGCGGGUUCCAAGUCGAAUGCAACUCUGCUUCGGAACGCAACUUACAGCAAACUCUUUCGAGGGUCUGCAUGCAAUGGGCUGUUCCUCGAUCGGGUGUCUCAGAUCACAGCAGGGUGCAUCGGGUGCGGGUUCGUAGCACUUGUACGGUCUACCACGGUAAAGGAGAGUGGGCGACCGUUUUAUUGAUCCGUGCAGAUCACCAUGCGCAAGGCGUGGCUUUGAUUGGCGCGAGAACUUGGAUUUCUCAAGUGCCACUAAUCAUUAGAAGAUUCGGGGGGUGUACAAACUUUGGGAAGCGACUAGCACGCGACGAUCUGAGCUUAUCGAGACUCUCGGAAGUCCGACACGACUCACCAUGGCAAGUGGAAAGGAAGAGGGAGAGAUGCAUUGCGAAGUGCACAACGGCAGGUCCAGCGGGCCAUUCAGCCUGUAUUGGCGAGAAUGGAGCCGCAAUCAACCCCCCCGAACAGAUCGACCCAGACUCUGCCAGGAAGGUCUGUCUCCAGCCUACCACCCAUCGAUACGACCAUCGAAUCAUGGGCCGCUGGGCGGAAGGGGAGGGUAGCGAUCUACCGUCUUGGCACCAUAACUAG